GUCUGUGGGGGCAGAUUCCUACUAAAAUCCCACUGCAGCCAACAACAAAGAAUUUAACUAUCCUUAUUAUAAUCUUCCCUAAUAAAUCUCUCUCUCUCUCUCUCUGAUUAUCAAAUUCCAGCUCUGAGCGGCUGUCCUGUCUCCAUCAGCUUAGCCAACUCCAAAUUCCCAGGCAUAUAUAUAUGCAAACAUAUGAGAGAGAGAGAGAGAGAGAGAGAGAGAGACAGAGGGGUCUUCUUCUUGUGAAUGAAGUCUUCUGGUGUUCUUCAGUUCUGCUUGCACACAGUCACAGAGACAUAGAUCUGGAUGCUGGGUGGUUCCCAAUUGAAAGAAAGAUUGGGCCCUUUAUUAUUUGUUGCUUGCUGCAGAUUCAUUCAUCCGUGAGUGUUGAAGCCAGAAGCUAGCUGCUGCUCUCAAAGCUCCCAACCCACCCGGUUCCUUCUCUUUCUGCGAUCUGCUUCUCUCCGGCUCCGUAAGCCUCGGACCUGAUUUCUUGUUAAGCUUCGUUCGACCUUCCAUCUUGUUGAUCUGUCUCUGUCAAACCCAUCUCCGAUUUCGUCAAAAGUAUCCUGACCCUACCUUUGUCUUCUUCUCCGAUCUGUCUUCCCGGAACCCCGUCGCCGUUCGGCCCAUGAGCUUGACGGAAUCUCGGCGCUGAAACAUACCCAGGUCGCCAAAUCACCGGAAACGCCUCCCAGAGUGAAAUGCAAAUGCAAGACCCGUCGACGUAUCAGCCCCAAUUCCCGGAGCACGAGCAGCUGAGGUGCCCGCGCUGCAACUCGACCAACACCAAGUUCUGUUACUACAACAACUACAACCUCUCGCAGCCGCGCCACUUCUGCAAGAACUGCCGCCGCUACUGGACCAAAGGCGGCGCGCUCCGCAACAUUCCGGUCGGCGGCGGCACCCGCAAGGCCAACAAGCGCUCGUCCAGCGGCAGGCGCGCCUCAUCGUCAUCCUCUCCUUCCUCGUCGCAGCCUCUCCCGAAAUCGGAAACCUCCUCGGCCCCGUACAGUUUUCCGGCCGCGUCGCUGGACAUGGGCGGCGGCGGGUUCGGCUCGCUUCUGGCGGCGAAUAUGCAGAUUGGGGGCUUGAAUCCGCACGGGUCGGGUUUGCAAUUGGGCGACUUCCGAGAAAAACCCGAUUCGAAUUCGGAGCCGGGCGGCAUCCAUAACCAGACGGUGGAGUUGCAGAGCGGCGCCGGUAACUCGGAGAAUUUUCUGGGUGUUGAUAAUGGGGGAGAAUCCGGCUGUUGGGGCGGCGACAAUGGCUGGCCAGAGCUUGCCAUUUUCACGCCGGGUCACCCUUUCAGUAGCUAAAAUUACAGUCUUUUCACACGAAAAAGAGAGAGAGAGAGAGAGAGAGAGAUGAUUUGCUUUGCUUUGAUUUUGUUUCUUCCUGAAGAGUAAUGGUAUGGUAGUAGUGUUGAUUGUGAGAAUUCUGAUAAAUUCUCCGCGUAUAUAUACAUAUAUAUAUAUAUGUAGCAGCAUCUUCAUCUUCAUCCUCUUGAUGUGGCAGUAGCAAUUUGGUUGGCUUAGAUGA